AUGGAGGACAAGGCGGAAGCCGAAAUGGCGGCCGCACUUCAGGCUCAGAUUCGAACCUUGGAGCAGGCGGAGCUUUCCCAGAUGCGACAAGGGGUGGUGCUCCAGCGCCGCCUGGAUGAGGCGCAGCGGCAGCUGCAGGAACUCACGCAGGGCGCCAAGGCGCAACGGCGAGCAGAGGUUCAGAACCUCCAAGCCGAAGAAGCCAAGGCUGCAGCCAGCCUGGAGCACGAGCUCCAGCUGCAGCUGGAAGUAAUGCUCCAUCGCGAAAAGGAGGCAGAGGCAGUGCAGCGCACAGAGGCGGCGCGCACCCAGCGUCUUGAAGAGGAGGUGCACUACUGGAAGAGCUGUGGGCUCAUCCUGCGACGGAAGCAGUGUGGUGUGGAUGCACCUGCACCGGAGGUGAGUCAAGAGGUCGUGAUGGAGAUGGAGGCGCUCCGAACGCAAGCCAAAGAGCUCCGGAGCCAGAUCAAGGAGAUCGAACGCCUGGCAGCAUCGGGUCGCGCCCAAGAGGUAGAUCUGAUAGCGAAGAACCAGUCGCUGGCUCACAGCAUCGCGCUUGCACAAUCUGCAGCCAAAGGAUCCCGCGAAAAGGCAGCGUGCCUUCAGUCGGAGCUGCAGCAUGAGCAGGCGAAGUCUCUGCUAGACCCACCAAUUUCAGGGGUGAGGCAUGAGGAGGUCGAGGAGGGACUCGGCAUAGAAGAGGUGGAGUACUGGAGGCGGAAGGUGGAGGAGAAGAAGGCGGAGCUUGAACGGAUCACGGCCGAUCAGCAUCGGCUGCGUGGGGGAUUGCGCGAUUCGUCGCCGAGCCUCGAUGUCGGGGAGGCACUCUCGACGAGGCACUGUGGCUUCCUUGAUGAGACGAUCUCUUGGUUUGCCAC